AUUGCGAAAGUAUCCUCUAGAUGGCGCACUUCAGGAAAUCCAAAAUUUUGUCACGGAAAAAAAUGUCAUCAAAAGGAGUGAAAGACAAACCCAAAUAAAUUUUGUCAUAGAUUAUAACAAUGGAAGUAAAAAACGGGACAGAUUCACCAGAUGAUAGUUCAAGACAACAGAGACAUGCCAGGCAAGGUAGUGUCACAAAUGUUGAUGGAGUAAACCAUGGCGUGAAUGACCAGAGACAAGCUGCUGCUCGGGCUAUGAGUAUGAAUCAGGGCGCAGCGGGUAGACGGGCUCCACCCUCGGCAAACUCCGGGGCAGAGGUGCAGCUGCAAAUGCAAGUGACGACGCCUUCUGGUGGGAGCGACACCUUAAAAAGCCAGUCCGGAAAAGGCCCUCGAGAAGAAAACAGUAAACUUGCCCAGCCAGAGGAAAUUCCCUUACUCCUUGGUGAAAGGAUAGAAGGCAUUGCCAAGGAUGUAACCUACCUGUGUCCCUUCACCGGCCCCAUGCGUGGCACUCUGACUAUCACCAACUACAAGCUCUACUUCAAGGGAGGAGAUAGGGAGCCACCAUUUAUUCUUGAUGUUCCCCUUGGUGCUGUUUAUAGAGUAGAGAAGGUUGGUGGUUCCACCAGCAGGGGAGAAAACUCAUAUGGUCUUGAAGUCUUCUGCAAGGACAUGAGAAACCUGAGGUUUGCUCACAAGCAAGAGAAUCAUUCCAGACGACUGGUUUAUGAGAAAGUACAAACCUAUGCAUUUCCAGUAUCAAAUAAAUUGCCCUUCUUUGCCUUUGAAUACAAGGAGUAUUACAAUGAGGAUGGAUGGGCAGUUUAUGACCCAGUGGCUGAGUACAAGAGACAGGGUCUGCCCACUGAGAGCUGGAAAAUCUCCAGAAUCAAUGAGAAUUUCACCUUCUGUGAUACCUACCCUGCUAUUCUUGCCAUUCCUGCAGCAGCAGAUGAUGAACUCCUCAGACAAGUGGCUGCAUUUAGAAGUAGAAACAGAUUACCGAUCAUGUCGUGGCUUCACCCACAGAGCCAGGCCACCAUCACACGAUGCAGUCAGCCCCUGGUUGGGGUCGGUGGUAAGAGAAGUAAGGAGGAUGAGAAGUAUAUUCAGAUGAUCCUAGACGCCAAUGCUCAGUCCCACAAACUGCUUAUUAUGGAUGCCAGGCCGACAGUCAAUGCAGUAGCAAAUAAGGCUAAGGGAGGUGGUUAUGAGAAUGAGGAUACCUACCAGAAUGCUGAAAUUUGUUUCUUGGAUAUUCACAACAUCCAUGUCAUGAGAGAAAGCUUACGUAAGCUGAAAGAUAUCUGUUUUCCUAGCAUCGAUGAACAUCAUUGGCUUGCUAACCUAGAGGCUACACACUGGUUGGAACAUGUUAAGAUGGUUUUAGCUGGCGCUGUACGAAUCGCUGAGCGUGUUGAGAGCCAGAAGACAUCUGUGGUGGUCCACUGCAGUGAUGGCUGGGACAGGACGGCCCAGCUGACAGCCCUUGCUAUGUUACUCCUAGAUCCAUUCUAUCGCACCAUCAGAGGCUUUGAGGUGCUCAUAGAGAAGGAAUGGUUAGCUUUCGGACAUAAGAUGGCACAGCGCCAUGGGCAUGGAGACAAGAACUAUACUGAUGCAGACAGGUCACCAAUCUUCCAACAAUUCAUUGAUAGUGUGUGGCAAGUUACACGACAGUUUCCCAAUGCUUUUGAAUUCAAUGAACACUUCUUGAUCACCAUCCUGGAUCACCUGUACAGCUGUCUCUUUGGAACGUUCCUCUUUAAUUGUGAGAGGGAGAGAAUCAAAGAACAAGUGAAAACCAAGACUGUGUCAUUGUGGUCUUACAUCAACAGCAGUAUGGAGGAGUUCAUCAACCCUAUGUAUGCCAGCUACAUGCAUCAACAUGUUCUCUUUCCUGUGGCCAGUAUGAGGAGGAUUGAACUGUGGACCUCCUACUACAUCAGAUGGAACCCACGCAUGAAACCACAGGAGCCAGUACAUCAGAGGAACAAGGAGCUCCUAGAGCUACGAGCCCAACUCCAGCGACAGGUCGAGGAGCUACAGAAGGAGAUAGAGGCCAGGGAUCUAGGACUCCAGUCCACUCCAGGGGGAACGUCCUCACCGCCGAAGGUCACCAGUCCGGUCAAUGCCUGAAACAUCCACGUUGCGCCAGUGAGUCUUCUGAAGAAAUUAAGUCCAGGUGGUUUAUUUCUUACAGCAGUUCAGAGAGUUGUGCAUGAUUUGACGAGCAUUUAGACUAUCGCAAGCCUGAUGGCUAUGAUGUUGAUCAACAUAUAACACUUAUUGCUACUACAACGGUCAUUCACUGAAGAGUUGUGCCCGAUUGGAUUGAAGGCAUGAGAAAACGUUCUUCUGCACCAGCAACUACAUGCAUACCAUCUAUGACGAAGGUCUGAUAAAGCUUGCAGCCUUACGAGUGAAAGCUUAACAGAAGCGGGUACAAUUUUGUGAUUGGGAAGAAAGAAAGUUUUCCUGUGUUACGGAAAGUGUUUGACCCAAUUUGAAUAACAUGAUGAGAAAAAGUGUAAUUUCUUUGAAUAAGAGAUUCAGUUUUUGACUCUUAUAUUUGCACCUCGUAUUCUAGUCUGUCGUAACAUCGCUCGUUAGUUUACAAACAACUUCAUGAAACACCGCUCGUGUUUGAUUUUGUCAAAGGUUUCUGGUGAUUGCUUGACUUUGAACUAGACUAGGAUAUAGUGCUAUAAGACAUUGCUGGAGUUGAUGCCAUUAUGUCCUUCAAUCAAUGGCUUUUGCUUCUAUGAAUACAUUGUAAAGGUAAAGGUCAUUGAGCAGGAAUUGUUUUGCUGGUAAGAUCACAUGUAGUGUUUGGUCUGAGGCUUUGUUUUAUGAAACGUCAUUUCUCGAGAACAAAUUUGACAGAAUGUUGCCUAUCAAUUUGCUUAUAAGCUCAUAGAUAUGGCCUAGAAAUUUCCUUAAGUUAUAUGAAGCAGGCAGAGAGGAGUGACGAAUAUAGUAAAAUUAUUGGAAUUAAAUAAGAAGCAAUUGUUUGAUCAAGGACAUAAUAGCAAUGACCAUUAUUUAUAGUUAUGUAUAGAAAAGAAUAUAGUGCUAUUUGUUGUCGAAAUUCUCUCCUCGUUCUAGAUGAUGCAGUUAUGACCUCUUUUCCCCUCCAAGUAUUGUAUCCAAAUAUCAUUGAUAUGAUUUAUGUAUACUUAUAUAUAAAACAUAGAAUUUGGGAGAGAGCAAAUGGUUUUAUUUAAAAUCCAAAACGUUAUUCAACCUUUGUUAUUAGGCAAAGCAAAUUGUAUCUUGUACAUAAACCUUUUCUACAUUUUCACUUUGCUAUGUAGCAGUAUUUCUAUGUGUGCAAACAAGUGUUCUCUCACUAGCUAUCAUUGCAACGAGGCUUUGAAGACCUUUUUAUGUUUGUAUGAAGAUAUUGGGGCUACUUGUAUGCAAUGUAAAUAAUUCAGUGUAUCAAAAUUAUAAAUGUAUGAGGUUUACCCUUAAUUGCACUUUGAAAGUUGUUGCUCCAGGAUUACUUAAAUUUUUUUUUUUAAUGUGAGAAAAACUAGCAUCAUUAGAGACUUUCAAAGCGAAGUUGAAGUCUUUUAUAAGGUUAUUAGUUCUCACCCAUUAACCCAAAUUAUUUUUUUCUAUCUUGGAAGAAUAUAGCUGUCUUCAAAAUAUUCAAGGAACAAGCUGAUGAAGUCUUAUCCCUACUUAGCCUAAUUUUGUGUAAUAUAAGAAAAGGAGAGUGGCGACUUUACAUCAUCAGCCCACCUAUUCAUGAUGGCAAAUUUUACUCUAUUUAUUCAGAAAUUAUUUUCAGCCUGGAGGAUCCCUUUAACGAUGUAUACUAGGAGAUCUUGUUUUGUUUCCUACAUGUAGCAUGUCCCAUAAAAAUGAUUUUAUUAUCCCUCUCAUGUUCAUAUUAAUGUCAGCUUUCAUGGGCAGCAUUUUGGUGCUCACCUCACCCAGUUUGGGAAGACUAUGUAAUACACUGUAUGUUGUAAAUUCCACACUUAUCCACGAUGAAAUGGAAUUGGCAUGUUAGAAGCUUGUAAAAUUCCUGCUGAAAGCUCUGAUUUUUGUUAAUAUUUUGGAUAUUUUACUGCUUUGUCAGCUAAAAUUUGAAUUUGUGGGACUAAUUGCAUAAUUUUUUUUCUCGUGGAUUAUUUAGACAUACCGGUACAUGUAACAAUCACGGGCUCUCAAACUAUUUUUGGAACACUUUAAAGCCCUUAAUUGGUCUGAAGUGAUUGUUGUCUCGAAAUUCUCUACUGAGAGGAAUUUGAUGCAAUAGAGUCCCCAAAAUUUGAAUUCUAAGGAGUUCUCUCCAGUUUUUUAUUUCACCCCCAAAAUAAUUAGCUUUACAUGUACAUGAUUCAGGGUCGAAAACACAGCCCCACCAGCAUUACCAAUUUAUGCUGGCGAAAAAUGGCCAGCAUAAAUGGAUAACAAAACCAGGAAACAGUGAAAAAGUUAGAGGUUAGGCAUUUUGUAGUCUUGUGUUGUUCAUGGCUAUAGUAUACUGCAAGAUAAAUUAAAUUAAAAAAAAUAUUGAGUGCAUAUCUAAACUCCAGUGGUAAUGAAGUAGACUCGUACACAAGGGUCUAUAAAUAAUUGAUCAUACAAAAGCUAAAGAUGACGUGAUUGACUGAAAAGCGAAUUUUUAUGCAUAUGAUCCUAGCUAAUAAUUUCAUCGAAUCAAGAAAAAAGAAUUGAUACUUACAUGUAUUCUGCCCCCCCCCCCCUCCUGGAAAAUUUUGUGUCUCAUAAAGGAAUUCAGUAACAUUUGAUUACUCAAUAUAUCCAAAUAUGGUUUUACAGCACUUUAAACCCCUGGGGAAGGAGGGGGGGGGGUAGGGGGAGGCGGAGUGUCCUCUGAAUAAAUUUCAAGUUGUUAAACAUAAAGGCUAACUCUGAAGAUGAGCAAGCAUGUUUAAUAUGAGCUAAAAAAUUACCAACAUAGAUUCAUAGGACUGAGUGACAUCAAUGGUGUUGUGAUUCCAUUGGUUUUUACACACAAAAAAAAUUGAUAUUUUUUUUCUUAAAUUGGUUUGUUUCCUUUCAUGCAUAGAGUGAGACUAUAGGCGCUGCCGCGAUCAACAUUGAAAUCUUUGCCUGAGGCUAAGUUUUUGAAAUGUCAUGAGAUAGUAGUAUAUGGAUCUAAGGGUAAUCAAGUAUUACUGAAAUUGAAAUAUUUUCUAGUAUUACUGAACAUGGUCACUGAACUUUGGCCAUGUUGAAUAGUAACUUUGAAAGUUUAUGGUUAUAUUUUAAACUGGACAUUGGGGUCUUGUGUUUGUUGACCUAUCAUUGUAGUCUGCAAUGCUGCUAAAUUGAAUUGCAUAAUGCUGGCGAGAUGCUCUACUUGUUAAUCACUCACUUUAUCUGUGUACAAACUCAUGGAAGCAAUAAAUUAGCUGGUAAGUGGUGAAAAGGUAUAACUCAUUUUAAGAUUUUAUUGAAAAUUGUGGAAGUCGCAAGUUACAAUACAUCAAUUAAAAGUCUGACUGAAAGCAAUUUGAUUGCUUGCUUGCAACACCAAGA